UUCUUUCUAAGUCUGUGAGUAUUGCUUUUUUUUAUUUUAAAAAUUUGACCUUUCCUACUCACUGUUGUUGUGGGUGGGGGUGUUUUUCUUGGAACAUGGGCUUUUUGCAGACAAAUCCACCCAUGCACACAUAGAAUCUCAAAUCUAAACUCUUCUCUCUCUUUCUUGAAAGAAACCUCUGCUUUUGUUGCACCAUCGGUGUGUCUUUCCUUUUGAAAAAUUUGGACUGUUCCUUCUGUUUUUUCUUCCUUAAAGUUUAGUGUUUUUUUUUUUUUUUUUUCUCGAACACACUUCUUUUGUGCUUUCUGAUGUUCUGUUCUUCAUUGAGCCCUGAUCCUGUGUUGUGCCCCCGAAAUACAAAAGGUACAAGUUUUUUUGUUUAUUGUUUUUGGGAAAACCCCACACAACACGUUAUCUUUGUAGCAAGCUGAAGCCAAGCCAUUUGUUUGAUCACAAAACCAAAAUGUCUCAACCUUUUUUCUUUGCUUCUUAUGGGCUUUCUUAAAGAUGGAGUUCUAGUAAUUCGUUUCUUCUUGUAGCACUUGUUUCUUUCCUAACAAUUUUCCUAGAAAACCAUUUUCAUUUCUUUGAAAUAUUAAAAACCCACAUGACUCAAACUUUAAUUUUUCCUUUCAUUACAAGUAGAGUAGCUUUCUGGUUGAAUUGCUACGAAGUCUUUGUUCCUUGACCUUUAUUUCUGAAUCUCUGUUUCUGAAACAUGGGUUUUGCCCAAAAUCACUACAUGGAGACCCUCAAUGUCAAAUUCCAGGGUUACCCAUUUUACCAUUUCAACCAAGAAUUAUGCAUCUGCAACCUUUUAGUCUCAAUCAUUCUCUGUUUCUGUUAGGACUUUUCUCAAACACCUUGGCUGCAGUUUUUAGUUUCUUGGUUUUUGGUCCUUAAAGUUAAAAGUUUUGCUUCUUGAAACCAUGGGCUGUGUCAACGGCAAGUGCUGUAGCGGGUAUCCACCUUCAUCGGGCGGAGACUCCCGAGAUUACAGUUUGCAUGCCAAACACAUACUCACACAAAGAUCCUUGGAGAAAGUCCCUGUUCCCUCACACAAUUUUUAUUUAGAGUACUCUGUUCUCACACAGCGUGGUUACUACCCUGACUCACCUGAUAAAGAAAACCAAGACAGUUUUUGCAUUAAAACCCAGAUUCAAGGUAACCCAAAUAUCCAUUUCUUUGGUGUGUUUGAUGGGCAUGGUCAAUUUGGUACUCAGUGUUCCAAUUUCGUUAAGGAUAGGUUGGUAGAAAAGCUAGCUGAUGACCCUACAUUAGCGGAUGACCCUCUUAGAGCUUUUAAUUCUGCGUUUGCAGAUACUAAUUCUGAGUUACAUAAUAGUGGGAUUGAUGAUUCAAUGAGUGGCACCACUGCUAUUACUGUUCUUGUCAUUGGGGAUACACUUUUCGUGGCAAAUGCGGGUGAUUCGAGGGCGGUGGUUGCAGUUAAGGACGGGAAUAGUAUAUUAGCCCAGGACAUGUCAUUAGAUCAGACCCCAUUUAGGAAAGAUGAGUAUGAGAGAGUGAAGCUUGCUGGGGCCAGGGUUUUGAGUGUUGAUCAAGUGGAAGGGCUUAAGGAUCCGAAUAUUCAGGCGUGGGGUGACGAAGAGUCUGAUGGCGGUGAUCCCCCGAGGUUGUGGGUUCAGAAUGGGAUGUAUCCGGGGACUGCUUUUACGAGGAGUGUUGGGGAUAGUACAGCUGAGAAGAUUGGUGUUGUAGCUGAUCCGGAGAUUUCUGUGUUUCAGCUUACAGCUAAUCAUCUUUUCUUUGUCGUUGCAAGUGAUGGGGUUUUCGAGUUCCUCUCGAGCCAAGCAGUUGUUAACACGGUGGCAAGAUAUACAGAUCCCCAGGAUGCAUGUGCUGCCAUAGCUGGAGAAUCAUACAAAAUAUGGUUGGAACACGAAAAUCGGACAGAUGAUAUUACGAUAAUCCUCGUGCACAUCAAAGGUUUUCCUAAUUCAGGUGCUGGUACUACAGAUGGAUCAAGUGGAACAAGUUUGAGGCCAACAAGGUCCAGAAGAGGAAAUUCUGAGAUAUCAGUUGCCUCUGGGUCAGAAUUCUACUGUUCACUGAGAAGCGAAUCCUCAGACCUACACUCUUUUCAGCAUGUGGUUUCAACAAAUCGAAGCCCGGCUCUUGUUGUUCCAUCUCCGGCACAUCAGAUGCCUUUGGAAUUGUGAUCAGAUUGAAAGGCCUUUAGGAAGCUGCCUCACAUUUUGUCAUUUUUCUUUGGCGCAGGAUGUGAGUUACCCGUGUGUUCUACCAGCAGCAGAAGCAAUUUGUUCGGCAUAUAUGGGAUAAUACUUGGUGACUAAUCUCCAGGCGACACGUUCUAGCGGACACUGAUAAAACUGUUUCUAACCAUGCAAAUAUUCCUUAAGGAGAACAAAAUGUUCUCCCACCAGCUGCAGUUGCACCUGCUAACCCUAAAUAUGAAGCAAUUGGAAAUCAAGGAGGUCUGAUUGGAACUCUAUGAUUGUGUGAUGAUGGAACUUGGAAGUGAAGAUAUCUUUCUUUGCAAUGAAUUCAAGAAAAAAUGUUACGAGGGGAUCAGCUUUGACCAUGUGCAAUUUUAUACUCUUUUGUGAUCCUUUGUCUCGUAAUAUUUACUGACUGGAAAUUGUAAGAGAGGGAGACAUAUGGUGUUAAAAUGUUAAUUGCAUCCCCUAUAUGAUAUUCCAUAUAAUUUGCAUGAAAUUGCAAAUUUAAUUUGAUGGUGUAGGCACAACAUAUGAUACAUAUCUUUAAUUAAUGAUAGAGGAUCUGUGCUGUUA